GGUCCCUUGGAUCUGGGUUUGUGAAAACACGGAGCUCCGCGCUGAGCCUCACCACACUGUCCACUCCUCUUCAGUCACUAACAGCCAACCGUUCACUCUGCAAACCAAACACCGGAGACUACUCUUUCCCGCUGUAAACUUUAGGGGACCACCACAGGACAUUUGGAAGAACGGAGUAGUGGCAGCAGCAGCUUCAUCUUCUUUAACCAGGGUGUGAACUCUACAUCCAAUAGUACUUGUGUUCAGUGUGUGUGCACACGAUGGCGUCUAAACCUCACCCUCCUCUAAUGAAGAAGCACAGUCAGACAGACCUGAUAAGCCGCCUGAAGAGCCGGAAGAUCCUCGGAGUUGGUGGCGAGGAUGAUGAUGGAGAAGUGCACCGCUCAAAGAUCAGUCAGAUGCUCGGAAAUGAGACGAAGUUUGCAGUGCGAGAGCCUAUCGGGCUGAGGGUGUGGAUACUCAUUUCAGCAGUGGGUUUCACAGUUAUGGCCCUGAUGGCCCUGGUGUUUCCCAACCAACUAUAUGAGGUUGUUUUUGAGGAGGAGCUCUCAACAAUUAACAUCUCCGUUCGCCUUUAUGGAGGAGCACUGCUUAGCUUGGCACUCAUCAUGUGGAAUGGACUCUACACGGCAGAGAAGAUCGUCAUCCAGUGGACUCUCCUCAGUGAAGCCUGCUACUUUGCUGUCCAAUUUCUAGUGACAUCCAUCACCUUAAUGGAGAUUGGCAUCCUGCCCAAUGCUGCCAUGCUCCUGCUCCUCAGUCGAGUACUCUUCCUGGUUGUCACCAUGGCUUACUACUACCACCUUGGUCGUAAGCCGAAAAAGAUCUGAGCUGACUGUGCGAUACUUCCAGGGAGGGGACAGCUGAGCACAAAUCACAAACGGGGGGGUCGAAAGGUUUGGAAUAUUUUUUGACAGGGGCUUGGAGCAUUACCAGUGGAUGCCCCCUGCUCUGGUCCGUGGGACCUGGCCUAUCGUAACCCCUAAUCUCCAACAGAUGAGCACAGUGUCACAUUCCAGACUCCACAACAAGAACGAGAAACCUCAUAGUGAAAGUGAAUUACUCUUUCACUGGGCUGUGAGGUCAAGCCCCUCUUGACACACAUUCCUCCUUUAUUCAGUGCUGUGAUUAUUAAGAAGGAGCUAGAAGUUUGUAGUGCAUUGUGUUCUUGUGUCACCUGGUAAUAUGGUUCAAUAUGUACAAUACGGAUUGAUUUCAACCAUCCCGACCAUAUUCAUGUACAGAAACAUGAUCUCCAAGUUCAGUAUUUAGUGUUAUCUGACAAAAAAUUGCAUCUUGACACUGCUUCUUAAUCAGGCUCAGGUCCAUGAGUUUGUGUUAUAUUGUGUUUCCUGUUUGAUGCUGUUGAUGUUAACUCAUGCUGUAUGCUUACGUUGAAGCCUCAAUAUCUGUACUCUUGCAUGCUACUCUGACAACUCUCCAGUGAACUCAGUGAAUGGGAAUAGCGUCAUCUGUGCUUGGUGUAAGAUUCAGCUGCAGUCAGAUACGCUAAACUCCAAAAGGUCAGUUUAUACUCUCAAUCAUGCCCAUCAGUCAUAUUCAGAUUUAGAAUACCCCAAAAAGAAAUGCUGAAUCUAAACAUUAUUCAGGGACAAAGUGAUUUUUUUUUUUUUUAUUCAAGGAAGUUCUACCAAAGUAAAUUGUUUUGUACAAGUAUUUACACUACAGAGAUGAAUACAUGUAUAAUGUUGAUGAAUGCACAUGCGAAUUGACUCAUAGAGGAGAAGCAGUGUAGUUCUCACCUUGUUCACAAAGUAUUUAACAUUCUGACCUUUGCUAUACAACUAGUGUCACAAGCCGAGCAUGUCCGUGUGCAGGGCAAACAAACCUGAGCUGGUUCCUCUUUAGUGAUGUAGCACGGUCUCAUUUUUCUUUUCUUUUUUCUUUUUUUUUUUUUUACAUACACCAUAUCCUUAGCCUUGCCUUAAAACUACUUAAAAGAACAGUCAUCAACACUGCAUCCCUCUUGUAAAUAUGUAAAUAAAAGUAUUUACUAUUAUGUGGUGUUCUUGUGAACCGAACAGGGAACUUGUUCAGUAUUAGUUAAAUGAUUUUCAAAGGUUUAUCUUUCACUUGGCGUGUUAUUUUGUACUAUUUAAUAAGUGACAUUUGUGUUUUUGACGUCAUGCAUGCAAUAGUUUCCAGCAAAACAAAUAGCUCAGACUGUGUAGCAUUCUGCCACCAACUAGAACUCAAGGCUGAUAAACAGACAUGUUGAUGGUAGUGAAUGGAUGAUGUAUAAGGCAGUUAAACUCUUAUGUGCUUUAAAUCUGAUAUUAUUACCCAACAUUUAAUAGUUUUCACCCAAUCGAUUCAGUUCAGUACAUUUUCUACCUCCUGAUACUCACCCCUCAGGUACGUGACACCCCAGCUCAGUGUUUUAGAGCUGUGCCAGCAAAGCUAAUUUGUCAACUCCAAUCACACCUAAGGCCAGUCAAAAAGACACCCUAAAGAUAGCUGACUCAUUUUGUAAAUUUAACUUGAAACAUUAUUUUAAAUCUAACGAGAAACAUACUGUAGGUCUCCUCCAAAGGUGGUCCAUAUUGUUGCAAAUGACCACGUUGAGUCCUGCCCCAGAAGGGAGUGGUCCUGAGGUCAGAGUGAUUGAGGGUUUGCAGUAGCUAGUCCAGCAGUCAAGGCAGAUGUGCUUGUUACUUGGGUGAGCUCUCUGUUCAGAUAGGGAAUGUGAAACAUGGGUGAGGUCUCCCGUACUCCUGAAAAGUUGUAAUUAUCCUUUUUUCCAGUGUUUAAUUAGAUGCAGCUCUCCCGAGUGAUAUUGUGCACCCCAACCUACUGCUCUGUCCUGUCUAGCAUGGUAAUUAUGGAGUUCAAGAAAAAUGUCAUUCCAUUUCCGUCGAUACUACAAGCUUCAAUCAUAAGCCUAGUGAAAUGAAAAGGGUCUGUAAGGCAGGUUAUUUUAAGAGAGAUGGGUAGUUUAGGGGGGACGGGCAGAAGAAGGGAGGCAAAGAAACGGCUCUUUCAUCCUCCUGGUUCUCUGACGUAAAUUAGUCAAAAACCAUUGGUGAGUUGUAGCCCUGAAAUUUUAAAGGAACGGUAAGUUGAGCUGCUCAUUCCCUCUGAUGUAGAUCCAACGUAUGUUCUGUUGUACUGUUGUGAAUAGCAGGUCAAACUGUUUCAAGUUGUAGCAUUGCAUUUUUAUGUAUAUAUGUGCUAUAUUGUACCUCAAAAAUAAAUUGUUAUGGAUUUCCACCAUUUGAAAUAAAGGACACUAUUGUUUAUUUUGAAGACCGCAAAA